AGACGCGAAGAAACAAACACCAUGGCGAAAGCCGGGGAUAAGAGCAGCGGCAGCGGGAAGAAAAGCCCGAAACGGAAAGCCGCAACCGAAGAACGUCAGGAGGCUGCAGUCGUUGGGGAUGAGGCGACGGAAAGCGGGGUCAAGCCACCGAAAGCGGCUGCCUUUCCCCCAGGCUUCAGCAUUUCCGAGAUUAAGAAUAAACAGCGGCGACACUUAAUGUUCACGCGGUGGAAAGAGCAGCAGCGGAAGGAAAAGUUGGCAGCUAAGAAAAAACUUAAAAAAGAGAGAGAGGCUCUUGGUGAUAAGGCUCCACCAAAGCCUAUACCCAAGACCAUUGACAACCAGCGAGUGUAUGAUGAAACCACAGUAGACCCUAAUGAUGAAGAGGUUGCUUAUGAUGAAGCUACAGAUGAAUUUGCUUCUUACUUCAACAGACAAACUUCUCCCAAGAUUCUCAUCACAACAUCAGAUAGACCUCAUGGGAGAACAGUACGACUCUGUGAACAGCUCUCCACAGUUAUACCAAACUCACAUGUUUAUUACAGAAGAGGACUGGCUUUGAAAAAAAUUAUUCCACAGUGCAUCUCAAGAGAUUUCACAGAUCUGAUUGUUAUUAAUGAAGAUCGUAAAACACCAAAUGGACUUCUUUUGAGUCACUUGCCAAAUGGUCCAACUGCUCAUUUUAAAAUGAGCAGUGUUCGGCUUCGUAAAGAAAUUAAGAGAAGAGGCAAGGACCCCACAGAACAUGUACCUGAAAUAAUUCUGAAUAACUUUACAACACGGCUAGGUCAUUCGGUUGGACGUAUGUUUGCGUCUCUCUUUCCCCAUAACCCUCAGUUUAUUGGAAGGCAGGUUGCCACAUUCCACAAUCAGCGGGAUUAUAUUUUCUUCAGAUUUCACAGGUACAUUUUCAAGAGUGAAAAAAAAGUGGGAAUUCAGGAACUUGGACCACGCUUUACGUUAAAGUUAAGAUCUCUUCAGAAAGGAACCUUUGAUUCUAAAUAUGGAGAGUAUGAAUGGGUCCAUAAGCCCCGGGAAAUGGAUACAAGUAGAAGAAAAUUCCAUUUAUAAAGUACUGAGGGAAUAAUACUGGAUUUUGCUGAACAGACCUAUCUUGAACUUGGUAAAUUAUUUGUGAGCGAAUACCCUUUUCAAAAUGGCAUUUACCUGUUUUCAUUAAUCUUUCAUGUUUAGACAAAUUUCCAAGUGCCAUGAAUUGCCACUGUAUGUUUAUGUAGCAAAUACAAAUAAAAGUCAUUUUGAUGAGAGUUUAGAAGUUGCAACUUGGGUUUCCUGAAAUUCAGUUCUCUUAUUUUUUGGUAUAUGUGAAUAAUUUUAGAAUCAAGGUUCAAAUUAACUUUUCUGGUUGCAUUUGCGUAGAACAUGUGGGCUGGAGAAAAAGAAAAUGGUUGGUAGAUGUGUAGCCCGAUUUUAUACUCAAUUAAUCUUAGGUUCCCCAUGUCUGGCACAUAGUUUUAACUUAAAUUGGAGGCCAGGUAUUCUUCUAUUGGAAUUCUUACUUCCAGUCUUUUCUUCCUACUGCUAUCCUUGCUAGGCAAGCCAUCUGCUAUGAUGUAACUAACUUUUAGGUAUAACCGGUAAUACCCAUACAAAGGAGUUUAUUUGGAUUAAUUAAAACAAAGUUAACCCUAUAAAUAACUCAUGGAUAGAAACAUAGGCCUUAACAGACUCCUCCUGACCUUAAAGGAAUAAAAGUCUGCAGUUUACCUUUAAUUCCCUAGCAGUCUUGCAAAUGUAUGGCAUAAAGUCAUGUGAUAGAGUCAGUGGAACAAACACUAAAAAUUUAACCCCCAUAGGGGUUCAAAACAAAUUAAUACAUAGUAUAGUUAAUACCAAUAAUAAAGCAAAAAAUGUUUAUACUAUUUUAUUAUAUGCUGCUGCCAGUGUAUAUAAAAUAAUUACCCUUGUGAAAUAGAAAUUCAUGAAAAUUCAGAGAGGUAGAUGUUAAGGACUGACAAGUAGAAGUUUGUAUAUUAUGGCACAUGUGUUAUAGGGAUAAGCUUUUGUACAGGCUUCAAAUUUGGCGCUCUUUUGAAUAUUCACUGGUUCAUGAGAAGUGGUUUUGGAAACCUGAAAUGGAAAAAAAAAAAAAGAAAAAAGGUAGAUGAGGGUAAAGUAUCAAAGAACUUAGUUUUUAAACUUUUUUCAUCAAUAAUUACCAAUUAUCCCUGUUUUUGUAUCUCUCAGUUUUUUAUAAAUUGCUCAUGUACUAUUUUUCUGAAUAACAGUACAUCUUAUAUUA